GGAAGUCCCUCUCCAUCGGUUUGAGGCAUAUAGAGUCCUUCCAGGCUUGGGUCUGUCACUGUGUGAUAUUGUGGUGCUUGCUGUGCUGUGUGUCGGAAACCCUAUCUGAGUGUGGAGCGCGGGUGUGUGUCGGUCGCUGUAAGGAGGGGUUUGAGUUUAGAGUGACCGUGGUAAAGGGAGUUCGACGAUGUCUGGGCGUGGCAAAGGAGGGAAGGGGCUUGGGAAGGGUGGCGCGAAGCGUCAUCGGAAAGUGUUGCGUGAUAACAUCCAGGGUAUCACGAAGCCUGCGAUCCGGCGUCUGGCUCGUCGUGGAGGAGUGAAGCGUAUCAGUGGGCUGAUUUACGAGGAGACUCGCGGCGUGCUGAAGAUAUUUUUGGAGAAUGUGAUCAGGGACGCGGUGACGUACACGGAGCACGCUCGGCGGAAGACGGUGACGGCGAUGGAUGUGGUGUAUGCGUUGAAGAGGCAGGGGCGGACGCUUUACGGGUUCGGAGGGUAGAGCGGAAGGGCGGGCCGGGGGUGGCUCAAAAUCGACGGUGUUCUUGAACACCACCUCUUUGUGGAAUGAGGGAUCUCCGGUUGGGUUCUGGUGUGUGUGUGUGUGGGGGGGGGUGUUGCGUGGUUGUUUUUGGGAUGAACAGUGGGUAUGGGAGCGUGGUGUGCAUGGUGCGUUGUCCGUUUUGAUGUUGUGUUUUUGCAAUGUGUGAGAGAGGGUGGUAGUGUAGGGGGCACCUCGUGGCAGUGAUGAGACAUAUUGUCCGUACCAUUUGAGGCGAAAGCUAUGCUGAAUGGCAAGAUCUGAAGCUUCGAGGUGUAGGGUUGUAGCGAUGUGAUGGUGAAGGCGUGGAUGCGUUCGGCAGGAGUUUGGAGCGAGAGCGUGUUGCGUGUUUAGGCGUGUUGUGUGGGAAGAUGUGGAGGCAUGGUGAGUGAUAGUUUGUGUGACAUGUUUGUGAUGGAGUAAAUAUCGUACGUUGUUUUCCCCGCAGCAAUGGAUGACAGGUAGAGAGUAGAGGAUAGGGGGUAAAUUGCAUGCAAUUGGUAACUUGAUAAGAGAAAGAUGAUAGCGAUGGAACGGAAUGGGAGUUUGCAGCUGCAGGGCAGCGUCCGAAAUUGGUGCGAGACGAGAGCGUGCGAUAACUGUGAUCCGGCAUGUGAUAUCACGCGAAGAGAAACUUGGCAGGGCGUGGUAACACAUUCGGAGGGUAGGGUCGGUAGACGGGAGUAGUACCGUGACGCGGCUUAGAUGUGUGUCGGCGGCGGCGGAUUGGGAAGUCGUCCGCAUCCGUUGUAGUCUAGAUGGUUGGGAUACUCGGCUCUCACCCGAGCGACCCGGGUUCGAGUCCCGGCAACGGAAGCUCCCGAGUGAUAAAAUGGACUACACAUGGUUUUUUCCUCUUUUUCAGGUCAGCACUUUGACGUCGUCGCAGUCGUCCCUGCCGAGAAUCGAAGCCAGGGAGUGUCCCCCUAUGAUGGAUAAAACAAGUCCAAUUCACUCGCAGAUGGAGAGUUUAUUUAAUCUAGUGAUUUAAUUUAAGUUGUAAUUGUUGAUGUACAUGCGAAAUUAGAUUUUCUCUAGUAUCAUUUGGAUAUUAACUAGUGGUAACACGUGGUACAGUUGUUGGAUAUUUUGAACAAUAUUUCUGGUGGACACUGUAUGGUCGUGCAUUCAACCAAGUGCAAAUUUGCCAUACAGGUAGACCAUGACACUAGUGCGAUAAGAGUGUUCGAGUGCAGGAGUAUUUCAAACAGAGCAAGUUCAAACACAAUGUAAUACGGUGAUGUUACGAUACUGGUGAUUUUCUGCUGGUAAGUCCUAUUGGCUCUUUGCAUCGACUUUUACGACUCUUACGACUGUUUGAAUGGAAUAUAGCUGCUUGGUAGGAUUGCAGUUCAAUGAUAGUGAGAAUUGGGGAUCAUACUUAAACUUUAAUCAAAGUGAUCUGCAUACAGUCCCGACAACUUGGUUGUUGAUUACUUGUUUGACAUUUCAAAGUGCCCACCUAACCAUGCGAGAUAGUUUGCUAUCGUAUGGCUUACUUACCUCUUUUAUGUGUUUGAUGGACACAUUGCCCUUUAUAAAUAUGGGAUGCACAGUAAAUUGGUUUGUCCGUUUUGGUUUGUUAGAUUUUCUAAGUUACUAGAAUGCAUUGACUUGGCCUAAUUAGUGUAGAAUGCAAUGAUUUGGCCUAAUUAGGCUUUGGAAUGACCUACAUAACAUAGGUUAUUUCCGGCCACUCGCCAUGUUGAGGGACUCUGGACCUGGCUACAGAUGACAUCAAAGACGUUAGCUUAUUGCCAGCUCUUGGACCUUCAAACAUAUCAGUCUCAUAUUAUUGUUGGGAGAGCUUAAUGGCUUGCCCCUCACAGAACCAGCCUGUGCAAUUUAAACAUUGGAUCUGGAGUAGCCGUGCUGCGGACGCUGCUGCCAUUGAGCAAAGCGAAGAGCGAGAUCGCGGCAGAGCAAUUCCGAAAUGACGGCGAUAAGUUCUCGACUAGGUCUCGCCACAUUGUGUUGCGAUUCAUAACACCAAACUCCCUUCAUAUCAGUUUUCUGCAGUCGGUUUCAGAUUCAUAGUUCUUAGGACUAUUAGUCAGCCAACACUGUAGGUUACACACCAAGUAGAAACAUGGCCAAUUCACUCCCCCGAACUUGAGAUUUGGUAUCCCAAAUUGCACCAGAGUAGGGCACUGCUCUCCAGUAUGGGAGUAGUGCUCGAACAACCAAUCUACACCUCAUACACUUAGUGAUCUAAAACAGAUAAGAGCCCCUUUAUCCAAUAUGGCUCCAAAGGUAGCACCAUUGGUCAGAUACUUGUGCACUUGAAAACCUGAAGCCUUCCGGCAAAGGACAAUGCAGUACAGUCAAAGUGCAAUCUUCUCUACCGAA